AUGGUCGGUCACAUGCGGGGAGGCAAUCUGAGCACCACAGACAGCGCCGUCUCCAACCUCAGCCUCAAUGCCAGCGGCCGAGACAGCCUGGUGGCCCAAGAUCCCUCCGGACUGAGUCGGACUGGCCACACGGUGGUGGCAGUUUGCCUCGGGUUCAUCUUGGUGUUGGGUAUCGUUAGCAAUUUGCUUGUUCUGCUCGUCUUCGCCAAGUUUCGCUGCCUCUGGACGCCCAUCAAUCUCAUUCUGCUGAACAUCAGCGGGAGCGACAUCCUCGUCUGCAUCUUCGGGACGCCCUUCAGUUUCGCGGCGAGCCUGCGCGGCAGAUGGCUCAUAGGCGAUACCGGCUGCAAGUUGUACGGUUUCGCCAAUUCCCUCUUUGGGAUUGUGUCACUGGUGUCCCUGUCCAUUCUGUCCUAUGAGCGCUACACCGCUGUGCUGUGCUCCACCCAGGCUGAUGUUUCCAACUUCAGAAAGUCCUGGCUGUGUGUGGCCGGCUCCUGGUUUUACUCCCUCUUCUGGACUCUCCCUCCCUUCCUGGGCUGGAGCAGCUACGGGCCCGAGGGUGCAGGUACCUCGUGCUCUGUCCAGUGGCACCAGCGCUCAGCCACCAGCGUCUCAUAUGUGCUGUGUCUCUUCAUCUUCUGCUUGCUGCUGCCCCUCGUGCUCAUGGUUUACUGUUACACCCGAAUCCUGGUGGCCAUCAGGGGGGUAGGUAAGAUCAACCUGCUGUCAGCUCAGAGGCGAGAGCAGCAUAUUUUGCUGAUGGUGCUGUCUAUGGUGACCUGCUACCUGCUGUGUUGGAUGCCUUAUGGGGUCAUGGCGCUGCUGGCCACUUUUGGAAGGUCAGGACUAGUCACCCCUAUGGCCAGCAUGGUGCCGUCUGUCCUGGCCAAAUUCAGCACUGUUGUCAACCCCAUCAUCUAUGUGUUCUUCAAUAACCAGUUUUAUAGAUGCUUCGUGGCCUUUGUGAAGUGCAGUGGCGAGUCCCCAUCUAUGAACAGCAGAGAGGAGAACCAGACCCCAGGGACACCGUUGUCUCGCCUCUUCCCCGCCUAUAAACGCACCUCCCUCAGCUCCCCACACUCUUACAGCCUCAGGACCCCCGGGAAUGCUCUUCAGUGUGGCCCGCAGAAGGACUGCCAGGCCCUGUCCCUUGUUGUCCACUACACCCCGUAA